AUGUCAUCUGUCUCCUUGAAGGAAAUUAUACCACCUCAGCCUUCGACACAGCGUAACUUUACCACGCAUUUGUCAUAUGACUCUACAACCAAUGCAAUUGCUUAUCCAUGUGGCAAAUCUGCCUUUGUGCGUUGUUUGGACGACGAAGACAGUAAAAUGCCCUCAGUAGUACAAUUUACUGGCCAUGGCUCCUCAGUAGUCACAACAGUGAAAUUCUCUCCCAUUAAGGGUUCUCAGUAUCUAUGCUCCGGUGAUGAAUCCGGAAAAGUGAUUGUUUGGGGGUGGACUUUCGACAAAGAAAGCAACUCUGUCGAGGUGAAUGUUAAGUCUGAAUUUCAAGUUUUAGCAGGUCCAAUCAGCGAUAUAUCCUGGGAUUUUGAAGGGCGAAGACUCUGCGUCGUGGGGGAAGGUCGUGAUAACUUUGGUGUUUUCAUAUCCUGGGAUUCUGGUAACUCCCUUGGUGAAAUUUCGGGUCACUCGCAACGUAUUAAUGCUUGUCAUUUAAAACAAUCUAGACCUAUGAGAUCGAUGACAGUUGGGGAUGAUGGAUCAGUUGUCUUCUACCAAGGGCCUCCAUUUAAGUUCUCUGCCAGUGACAGAAUACAUCACAAACAAGGUUCCUUUGUAAGAGAUGUUGAAUUUUCACCGGCCAGUGGUGAAUUUGUCGUUACAGUAGGAUCUGAUAGAAAGAUUUCAUGCUUUGAUGGUAAAACAGGUGAGUUCAUCAAAUAUAUAAAGGAUGACCAAGAGCCAGUUCAAGGUGGUAUAUUUGCGUUAUCGUGGCUUGAUUCCCAAAAGUUUGCUACCGUAGGGGCAGACGCUGCCAUUAGAGUUUGGGAUGUCACAACGUCAAAAUGCAUUCAAAAAUGGACCUUAGACAAGCAGCAACUGGGCAAUCAACAAGUAGGUGUUGUUGCAACUGGAAGUGGAAAAAUUAUUUCUCUUUCAUUGGAUGGAACUUUAAGUUUCUAUGAACUUGGACGUGAUGAGGUUUUGAAAACUAUUAGUGGUCAUAACAAGGGUAUUACUGCAUUAACAGUCAACCCGCUAAUCAGCGGGUCAUACGAUGGUAGGAUUAUGGAAUGGUCUAGCUUUUCCGUGCACCAAGAUCAUACCAACUUGAUUGUUUCAUUAGACAAUAGUAAGUCGCAAGAAUACUCCAGUAUUUCUUGGGAUGAUACUUUGAAAGUGAACGGUAUUACUAAGCACGAAUUUGGAUCACAGCCAAAGAUUGCUAGCGUAAACGAUGAUGGCUUGGCGGCAGUAAUUACAAAUGAUGAUGAUCUGCUAAUAUUGCAAUCUUUCACGGGCGAUAUUAUCAAGAGUGUGAGAUUAAAGUCGGCGGGUUCUGCCGUUAGCAUGAGUCAAAAUUAUGUUGCAGUUGGCUUGGAAGAAGGUAAUGCUAUCCAGGUAUUCAAAUUAUCAGAUUUGGAGGUCAGUUUUGAAUUAAAAACACCUCUUCGCGCAAAACCCUCCUACAUAUCAAUUUCGCCAUCCGAAACAUAUAUCGCUGCCGGAGAUGUUAUGGGUAAGAUAUUACUAUAUGAUUUGCAAUCAAAAGAAGUCAAAACUUCGAGAUGGGCUUUUCAUACUAGUAAAAUCAACGCCAUUUCAUGGAAACCUGCUGUAAAAGGCGCAAAUGAAGAGGAAAUUGAAGAGGAUUUAGUUGCCACUGGUUCUUUAGAUACUAAUAUCUUUAUUUACUCCGUUAAAAGACCCAUGAAGAUCAUUAAGGCGUUGAAUGCUCACAAGGAUGGCGUUAACAAUCUUUUAUGGGAAACACCAACUACUUUGGUUAGUGCUGGUGCGGACGCAUGCAUCAAGAGAUGGAAUGUUGACCUCGAGUAG